UUGAAUUUUAAGAAAAACCGCCUUUUGUGCAGUUCAAAAAUCAUUUUACUCUCCACACACUAUCUAUCUAUCAUUGCUCAAACACUCUGUUAAUCGAAACUGCAAAUCGAAGCUCGAUUUUUUCAAUUAAUCGGAGAAACAUGGAAAUGGAAGCGUGCCAGAAGAUCGAUCUCGAAUUCGAAGCCAACGGUCUCAUUGACGGCGAGCAGUUUUCAGGAGGAUUGAUUACUGAAAAAGAAGGUGAUGAUAGUCUUCUCAUCAGAGAGACCGACCUCUUGCCCGAACUGCGUGAAUCGACAGAACCUCAAGAAAACCAAAAAAAUGGGAGAUACAAUCUGCGUAAAAGUUUAGCUUGGGACAGUGCAUUUUUCACUAGUGCAGGAGUACUAGAUGCAGAAGAAUUGUCAACCAUGAUGACAGGAGCAGAUAAGGGAGAGAAGCAAAUGUUGCCUGGAAUUCAAGAGGAAAUUACAGGGUCAACUGAGUCGCUUUCCACUCUCGGAAGUGACACUUUGACGAUGGAAACUCUUGAAGAGGACUUGUUUGUGGACAUUAGAGCUUCCAUCCAAAGAUCCAGUAAAAAGGCAUUGAAUUCGAGAAUCUCAAGCAGCAAGGCAGCUGCUGUGGAGGUAGAUAGUGCAGCCAUUUCAUCUCUGAAGAAGGAAGACACUAUCUCAGGAAAUAUGAGCCAAAAACCAAGUGUAAAGAAAAAGGAUAGCUUGCAAACUGUUAGGACAUCUAUACGUCAGCCAAAAGAAAGUAUUGGGAAGUUAGCAAUAGGGAAAGCGACCAAGCAAGAUUCUGUCCACUCACAGGCGAAACAGAUGUCUAUGGCUAAGAUUGGAGGGAAAAGUUUCAUGAGCCUUCCUAAACCACCCAAGACUAUUAGCAGCUCCAUCCCCUCAUCAACAGUAGCAGGAAAGCGGGAUUCUGUUGGAACUGGUCGUGCCAAAAGUGGAAUCUCAAACCCCAUUAAACUUUUUAAAAUCCUUAAUUUUCUUUAUCCAUCUCAAUUCAUAUAUCAUAUCACUAUAUCAGUAACUCAUUCUGUCAUUUACUUGACAGCAGCUGUUCCCUGUCAAGAGACUCAACCACCGAAAAUAUCCUCACUUGGGGCUAGAAGAGCAUUGCCUAAGCCUGCACCGUCAUCAAGUAGUUCUCUGUUGUCUUCUUCAACAACAAAUUCUGUUCAGUCGAGAAGGUCCUCCACCUCAAGCGACGGUUCAAGUAACAUCUCGUCAAAAAUAAAUCCUGCCAAAUCUAAUAUAAUGCCACCGAGAAGGAAUAUGGGUAAAACCAGCAACAUCAACACUGGUCCUUCUGGUUCCAUCCCUAAAACUCCUUCAAGAGUUAUUUCAAAAAACAAAUUGCCUUCCUCAUUAUCCAAGAUCUGCUCGAGUGUCUCACCAGCUAGUUCGAUUGGUGAGUGGUCUUCGGCAUCGUCAACAUCAUCUUCAAUGAUCAACCAAAAGUUCAGUAACUCCAGAAACAGUAUAGAUACCAGUUCUUGUAGGUCUGCGGAUGACGAUUUAAUUCCUUUGGAUACUACAAACCCUUCAGUGGGUCAAACUGCUGAUGGGGCUAUUUUAACAAGUGACAAUUCAAAAAAAUCGACAACACAAAAUGGCGACAAACUUCGUGCUCCUGGGAAGCCAUCAGGAUUGCGAAUGCCGUCCCACAAGUUUGGGUUUUUUGACGGGGUGAAGUCAUCUGUGAACUCUCCUAAUAGGCUUCAACAGUCUCCAUCUGCUGUGAACAACAAGCUCCCCAGGAAUGGACCUUCAACAGGUGUUCCAGUUAGAAGCUCUUACAGCAAACUCAAGACUGCUAAGAUCUCGACACCUAAAAUAGUUACUCUUAAAAAGCCCAUAUCACCUGCACCCUCUCCUGACAAAAAAUCGACAGACGUGAAAAAUUCUCCAAACUCGUCUGUUGGGGUUAAAGUUAACAUCGCAUCUGAAGAAACUUGUCAAGACCCCAAAAUUACUCAGAACAAAGAUCGAGUUGAGCAAGUAUUUGCAAAUACAGGUAAUGCCAUUAUCGAGGAGAGUUUAGGUGGCACGAAAAUCGAAGCUGGUGACUUGGUAGCUAAAGAGAACGAUCUCAAGGGCUCGAAAGAUGAACAUUUAUCAAGUGAUGCAUCAGAAAAUGCGGUGAUUAUCUCCGAGUCUGAAACGUGCAGAGUCCCUUUAGCUCCCAAGAAUUCUUUCGUCAGCAGUGAGAGUGUUGAUGUGGCGAAAGAGUCGGUUGUGGAAAAGUCGGGAUUUAUUUUGCCCAACUUUGAGCAGAAAGAGAACAGCUAAGUAUGAGGAGUUUGGUUUCGGUUUGCUUUCGAGUAUUUGUGUAGGUUGGCUAAUCAAGAUCAGUUGGAGCUUCAGUUUGGUGGCUUAUUAUAGUGCUAUGUGGUGAGGGAAAAAGAAGACAGGAUUGGUGGAUUUUCAACUUAAUGUUAAAUACUUGUAUUUUCAGGAUAUGUUUUACUGAAAUUGUACUUUAGAAAUCGAUUGUGACGAGUCUUCUCAAAUGUGUAAGCUGAAUAUGGACAUUUGAGCUUAAGAUUCUAUCUGGCUUGUUCGUGAUUAUGGUUGCGAAAAUUUUGUUUGUUUUACGUAAUAUUGGAAAUUAUGGGUUGUUCCAGGGAGCCA